AGUGGGCGGAUGGUAGUUUCUAGUGUUUGUGCAUUUAGGCUGACGAGUCUGAAAUUAGUAUCCUUGAGAGCAGCAGGAAUUAGACUUGAAGAGACAAACAGCGACCUAACACACUGCCAACAUGCUGAUCCUCCUCGGUGCCAUCUUUGCCCUUCACAUCAUCGGCAUCGUCCUGCUCCUGGUGGCGACUAUCGACAAUGCCUGGUGGGUAACGGACGAUAUUUACACUGACGUCUGGGGCCGAUGGAUGAUGACAAAUAAUGUGUGGAACCUCACAGACCUUCCCUCAACCUACCCAGAGAAUUACCUCCAGGCAGUGCAGGCCAGCUCCGUCCUCGCCUGCAUAUUCUCCAUCCUGGGAAUCUUUGUGUUCCUGGCUCAGCUCUUCACCCUACCCAAGGGACAGAGGUUCACCAUCUCUGGUAUAUUUCAGCUACUUGCCUGCCUGUGCAUCAUGAUCGCAGCCUCCAUCUACACAGACCGCUUCCACCUCGAUGAGCGUAACGGUUGGUACGGCCACUGCUACAUCCUGGCGUGGAUCGCCUUCGCCCUCACGUUCUUCUCCUGCAUCACUUACUUCGUGCUACGUAAGAAGACCGCAUGAGAAGGACACUAGAGUUAGCUCCGGCCAGCCCCAAAAAUCCUCUGCUGGAUCUACUCUUUCGGCUGAGAUCUGUGUCAGAUUUGAGCUGCUAGCGUAGAUAAACGCUGAUCCUCUCAAAUACAUACCAGCGUUUAAUUGACUCUGCUUUCAGAUAAUCAGGGUUUGAGAAUUUGUGAUUAUUUCUGCUGCAAACAGCAGACUCAGUCAAUCACGUUUUGUAUUUGGGUUCAUUUUUAACUGGGCUGGAUUUUUCGAGGGCCUCUUAAGGAUUAAGAAUAUUUUUGUUUACUGAAAGGAAAAGGCCGUCGUGUUUAUAAGAUGCUAUGAUAAAUUAAGAUCUGUCGAUAUUCCUGGCUUUGAAGAGAAGCAGGUUGAAGAGUAAAAUCUGUGGUCUUUUUAUUUCUGUUUUUUUUUUUUUUUUUGCAAUGUACAUUUACACGAUAGAGUGUUAGAUUAAAAGGGGCGAGUUUUGGAUUUUUGUUGAUUAUUUUUUGCAAUAUUUUUUUCUUAGUUCAUACGUUUCAUUUCGUCUAUCUGCUCUGGUCUUACUUCGUAUAACGUGCCACUAAAUAAACAAGAGUGUAAUUACAACCUGAUGGCUUCACAUGUUAAAGCUGGGCCUGUUUAGUCUUUACAUUCUUUCAUAUUUCUGUGUAAUCUCAUAAAACUGUACUAUGCUAAAAACUGACCCAACGAUGACACAAUACAGUUUGUUUUGUAAUAUUUUUUGUGAGGAAGACACCAGACCAAGCCAAAGAAUUUACACAGAUGUAGGUUUAAUUUAGAAAAAAAAGUCAGGAGAAUGUCCUGCUUAAUGUAUUCCCGUGAAUUUUUCUGUAUCAGUUUGGUGGGAAAGUCUUUUUUUAUGUCAAGGAAAACUCAAAAUCAGGCACCAGGUGACAACUCAAAGUUCAACCCUCCUCUUGUCCUGCGGUUUUGAAGUUUUAACGUUUGAAAAUGUGGGAAAAAACAUAUUUUCACAGUGAAAACUUCUACAUUUUCAACAUUUUUGGGGGAAUUUUUGAACAUUUUUUAGUGCAAAAAAAAAGAAAUGCUAAAAAUUAUGAUUCUUUAUGAACAUUCAGAAAAAAAAUCAACCAAAAUCCAGCGAAAUUCGCUGGAUUUUGGUCGAUUUUUUUCUGAAUGUUCUUAAAGAAAAUAUUUGAACUUUUACUGAUACAUAUGGAAUCACUUUAAAUAUUUUUAGGAUUUUUAUUGGAAGAUCUUUUAUUUAUUUUUUGAAAAUAGUUAUUUUUUAAAAAUAUAUUUUUAAUUUUUAUUUCUUGCUAAAUUUUGGGAUUUUUUUUAUAAAUAAAACUUUUAUGGGAAACUUUUUAAAAAAUUUUCUUCCUCAAGAUUUUACAAAUUUUAUAAAUCUGGGGAAUAUUUUGCUGAGUUUUUUUUGGAUUUCUUUUUAGACAAAGGAACAAUUUUUAUUUUGGUAAAUGAAGACAACUGGAGGGUUAACAGAAUAUAUGUGGCUCUAAUUUUCACUGUAGAUUGAGUGGUUGAAUGAGCUUCUAAUUCAUAUUCAAGGUCAAGGCAUUGCUGUGUCUAUUAGUAUUCAUUAAUGACUGUCAGCUUACCUCCAAAUUAUUACACUGCAUUAUAGUAACACAGAUUUUUAAUUAUUCCAAAUGCAGCAAACAUUUGAAGCAUACUGAACUCACCAUAACUCAGCUAAUAAAUUUCACUUGUGAUUGUAAAUCCUGCCAUAUUCCUGCACUGUGUCAUGCCUUCAUAAGCUUUCAUUUGAUUAAAUCAGCUUCCUCAAAUACCUUAACUCACACAGAGAGGUAGAAAGGCAGCCGCCUCGACUCUUGAAGUGUGAGAUGUAAUGUGUAAAUAGGAUUUGUUCCCCACAGUUCUAUAUGUCUGAUACUGUUUUAUUUUUGUUACUAUUACGUGUCACUUGAAUGACGAUGAAAAUGAUUUUUACGAUAUUAAAACUUGAUUUUCAACCA